GAGAGAACACACCAAAUCCGAAUCAAAAACCGUCGAAAACUAUACCUCGAUCGCCACCCCUCCUACUUUUCAUCUCCUGAUCUUGAAUUAGCGGAUCCGUUACUAUACGACCGCUGCAUCCGACGCUUCCAAACCGCCGCUGAGCGCGAAGCGGACGGGAAAGCAAAAGGGUAUUCCGGCGUCUUAGAAGCAGAUCUCUACCGCAGUGAAGCAAAGCUCGCUGCCUUAGCCCAGUCAACGCAUCCUCCUCCUACCAUAGACAACCUCACCAUCUCCUCUUCUUCCCCUUCUUCUUCGCUCUUCCAACCCGAACCUCUGAUCCCCUUUUUGAGUUACCUCCGCGGCCCAAACGGAGAGAUCAUAGGCGAGGACGGCGAGGAAGUCAAGAGCCGGGAAGAGGGGCAAGAGAGGUGGAAAUUCGAGAUGACUGUUCGAUUUCUGCGUGGCGGGGAUGAGGAUUUCGAUUAUCGGGAUGUGGAUGAGAGUGAAGAGUUUGACGAGGUGGAGAAGAGGGAGAAGCAAGAGAGGUGGUUUGAUGAGGAAGAGCCGGAGUGGGAUGGGGAAGGCGAGCCGGAGGGAACGGGUGGGGAGACAGGGGUGCAGGAUUUUUGA